AUGCGGGGUGGAACACGCCUCGCAGUGAUUUGUGUCUCUUCUUUGCUCCUUUUUUCACUGUACCUCCUGGAGGCGCAUCUUCAAGACCUCUGCAAUCAAUAUCGCGCUGGCGCAUACUUGAUCAACUGGUUAGAUCGCAAUGGCGCCGCUUCAAUCCCGGCAGUCGGCGACAUCUCCGUGGGGGACAAAGUAAUAGUGAUGGCCAAGCUGGAAGAGGAGAACACCGAUUGGGUAGAACAAGGACUACCAGAUUGGCAACGCGCAAUCUACAUCGUCAACCCCUCCCAAGAAACUCGAGCCGAUGCCAAUGCCCUGACUACACCAAAUAACAAAGGUCACGAAGCCAUGGCCUACCUUACCUACAUAGUUGACAACUACAACAACCUCCCCUCAACAAUUGCCUUCCUUCAUGCGCACCGUUCAGGCUUCCUAAUGGCUUGGCACGUGGAUGCGCCACUCCACGACAAUGUCAUCGGUAUGCGAAACCUCCAACUUCCCUUCGUCCAGCGAAACGGCUACGUCAACCUGCGCUGCAAUUGGAAUCCCGGCUGCAAGGACGCCCACCGCUCCAACAAGCAUGUCACCGAGCAAAUCUGGUGGGAUAUUUUUGAGGGAACGAGUACGCCUCCGUUGAACAUGUCCUCGCCUUCAGAAAUGGAAUACAGUGGUCAGAAAUACAUUCGCAAGCCUGAUGAGAUUGGUGCGGCAUGCUGUGCGCAGUUUGCCGUUUCCCGCGACCAGGUGCAGAAGCGACCGCUGAAUGACUAUGUCAAGAUCCGGCAAUGGAUUCUCGACACGGAAUUGAAUGAUGCAUCCUCGGGUAGGGUGAUGGAGUUCUUGUGGCAUAUUAUCUUUGGCAUGGAAAGCGUCUAUUGCCCCGAUGAACAGCUAUGCCAAUGCCAGGUCUACGGGAGGUGUUAA